UGACCCGCAGCGUCAGCGCGCCACAGCCAGACAUAAACCCGGCCUCUCAGCUUUCUGUCCCCUUCGCUGUGAACACACAGUCCGGCGCAGCCAUCUCCAGGGAACAAACAAAAUGAGCGCCACCGCCUCAGCUGAUCAGCCCAUUUUCUCCAAGGGAGAGGACUGCAAAAAUUCGUGGCACGACGCCAACGCCGGCUACAAUGAAGCGGACACGCAUCUGGAGAUUAUGGGCAAGCCCGUGAUGGAGCGCUGGGAGACGCCAUACAUGCACUCCCUGGCAACGGUGGCUGCCUCCAAAGGCGGUCGAGUUCUGGAGAUUGGUUUUGGCAUGGCCAUUGCUGCCACCAAAGUGGAGUCUUUCCCCAUUGGGGAGCAUUGGAUCGUCGAGUGCAACGAUGGCGUCUUUGCCCGACUGGAGAACUGGGCCAAGUCUCAACCACACAAGGUUGUCCCGCUUAAGGGCUUCUGGGAGGGGGUUGUACCCACCCUGCCAGAUAACCACUUUGACGGUAUCCUGUAUGACACAUACCCUCUGUCUGAGGACACAUGGCACACUCACCAGUUUGACUUUAUCAAGGGUCAUGCUCACCGAAUGCUUAAGCCCGGCGGGGUCCUUACCUACUGCAACUUGACGUCCUGGGGCGAGCUGCUCAAGGAAAAAUACAACAAUAUUGAGACCAUGUUUCAGGAGAGCCAGGUACCUCAUCUGCUUGAAGCCGGCUUCAGGAAGGAGAAGAUAAGCACCACCACCAUGGACAUUGUACCACCCACUGAGUGCAAAUACUAUUGCUUCCAUAAGAUGAUUACCCCCACCAUUAUCAAAGAGUGAAGUGCAAAACACUUUUUUUCUACUGUGUGCCUUCUCUGACCUUCUCCUCCCUUACUUGUUUGCCUUCUUUCAAUAAAACCAAGU